UUCUGGCAGAACGACGGCAAGACAGGGAUCGUGCUGAGAUGCAAACCUUCAAACCCAAUGAUGGUGGUAGUUCACAUCAAGGAAGAAAGAGGGUUUGGAGUUCUUUCCUAGGUAAUUUUGGCAAGAGGAGCCCUCAUUAUGAACGUGAUGGAUAUGAGCCUCAGCUUUCACACCUCCAGGAGGAUGAUGGAAAUGUGAUGAUGAGGGAUAUCCAGGAGUACACCCAAGUAAGACACAUUCCCUAUAGCACCCGACGCAACAAGAGGAGAGCAAAAUGGAAUAAUGAAGGCCAUAUCCAUAUUACUGUCUGGAAAGAUAGAGAACCUCUGAAGAGAGAAAUGGGGAAGAACACACAAGAUGGAACCCCAGGGAGCUGGUUCAAGAUCACCAUUCCCUGUGGGGGAAAGUAUGACAAGACAUGGCUAGUGAAUUCAAUCCAGAACCAUUGCAGUGUCCCCUUCACUCCAGUGGAUUUUCACUACGUGAAAAACCAGGCUCGGUUCUUUGUCCAGGAUGCUGGCAUUGCCUCUGCGUUGAAAGAUGUCAGCUACAAGAUCUGUGAUGAGGAGAACCAAAAGAUAUCGAUCUUUGUCAAUCCCUCUAAUGUACCGUACUCUGUGCGGUAUAAGUUGGAGCCAGAAGAAAUGGAGCAGCUAAAGCUGACCAUGAACAAACGCUAUGAUGUCUUCCAGCAAGCUCUUGACCUCCAGAGGCUCCGCUUUGACCCAGACUUGGUGGACCAUGAUAUUGAUAUAAUCCUGAAUCGAAGAAACUGCAUGGCUGCCACCCUGCAGAUCAUUGAAGAGAAUUUCCGUGAGCUGUUGUCCUUGAACUUGAGCAACAACAAACUGUAUGGGCUGGAUGGCCUGUCUGACAUUAUACAGAUGGUACCCACAGUCAAGAUCCUGAACCUCUCCAACAACGAGCUGAACUUGGUGUGGGAGUUAAACAAGAUAAAAGGGCUGAAUCUUGAAGAGCUUUGGCUAGAAGGGAACCCAUUGUGCGACACCUUCCCAGACCAGUCCACCUACAUAAGUGCCAUCAAGGAUUGUUUUCCUAAGUUGUUACGUCUGGAUGGACAGGAGUUAUCCCCACCAGUUACCGUUGAUAUUGACACACCCUACUUAAUAAAGCCCUGCAAGGAAAGCUACAAAGGAUCUGAGACACUGAAGAGUCUAGUCUUGCAAUUCCUGCAGGAGUACUACUUGACCUACGACUCUGGAGACCGCCAGGGUCUUCUCGGUGCUUACCAUCAUGAGGCCUGCUUCUCCCUGACCAUUCCCUUCAACCCCGAGGACCUAGCCCCAAGCAGCUUGUGUGAGUACUCCAAGGAAAGCAGGAAUAUGAAGAAGCUCAAGGACCCCUACCUGUGGGUUCAGCUGCUGAAGCACACAAAACGUGACAUCGUGUGCGCCCUUGGUGUGCUUCCCAAAACUCAGCAUGACCUCAGCUCCUUUGUGGUGGACAUGUGGUUCCAGACGGAGAUGAUGCUCUGCUUCUCUGUCAAUGGUGUUUUCAAAGAAGUGGAAGGAAGAUCUCAGGGUUCUGUUCGUGCCUUCACCCGGACCUUCAUUGUUACACCUGCCAGCAAUUCCAGUAUAUGCAUCGUGAAUGAUGAGCUGUUUGUGAGAGAUGCCACCCCCAGUGAGACUCAGAAUGCAUUCUCCAUCCAAGUGCCUACACCCAUCUCCAGCUCCAUGUCCAUCCUCUCCCAGGAGCAGCAGGAAAUGGUGCAGUCUUUCUCCACUCAGUCUGGGAUGAAACUCGAGUGGUCUCAGAAGUGCCUUCAGGACAACGAGUGGAACUACACCAGAGCUGGUCAGGUCUUCACUAUGCUCAAGAACGAGGGCAAGAUCCCAGAGGAGGCCUUCAAACAAAUCCCCUAGAAGAAGCCUUGGAUAUCCACAUCAUCUUCGUUCUCUUUUCUCCAGCCUAAUGCCAUGCCCAUGACUGGAUGGAGGCCUGGUUGACCAAGAAGCCAAAGUUACCUUUGGCUAGCAGGCCAGGUAACAUAACCACCUGAAGUAGUUCCGUGUAUUUCCCCCACUCAUGAUUGCUGUUUAUCUUCAUAAUAAAGAGUGGUGCUGCACGUUGUA